CUGUACCGCAGAUGACUUCCAACCCCACAAAAAAUGAUUGGACCAAGCCUAAGGACAUGUUUCUCUUGCUUUCCUCAAUAGACCCUUUCCGCUUAUCAACAACUAUGAAUCAUAUUCAACAUUGACAAUUUCUAUCGCAUCUAACAUAAUUUGUGACAGUUCUACUCUAUUUUUAGUGAAUAAUAUUAAGAGCAGUGUCUAAACUCUAGAGCACUGUUUCUAAGUUUUCACCAUCUCUAAAUCCAAGAUUUAUCCCAUCUAACAAAUCGUUGAUCCUUACAAUUACUUUUCCCUCCCUUAUGAGGUGUUAUGACUAGCCUUCCUUCUAAUAACUCAGCAACUUGCAAGCCUUGCUUAUUCUCUUCUUAUACCCAACUUUGUCUCCAAGUAUGGAGUCAACAUCAUAAUUGACAAAGUCAAACAUUAAAUUUCCAUGAAACAACCAAAGUAACUCCAAAAAUCCUCGGCAUUGAGUAAUAUUAAUUCCUCUAGGUAAUCAUGUAAUAUAUAGGCAGCUAGUCCCUGCACAGUUUCCAACAAAGGCUAGUAGAUUAUGUGAGCAAAAGAUAUUGCAGCAAAAUGCAUUGCCUUUCAACUAUUCCUCAAGCACUAGCAAGAGUUUGGCUAUUCUUUUUCUUACUCACUCCUUCUGUUCUCAUUUUUGGUUUCCGAGAUGAGACAAACAAAGUUAUAUCCAUUGGGGUGACCAUUGAUGUUAAUUCUCGUAUUGGGAAAGAACAAGAAGUAGCCAUGGAAAUUGCAGCCCAGAAAUACAACAUCGCUUCAAAGGAAUACAACCUGGCUCUCUAUUUUCAGAACUCUGCCAAGGAUACCCUCAGGGCCAUCACACUUGCUGAAGAGAUGAUUAAGGUGCAAAAGGUGCAAGUGAUUAUAGGGAUGCACACAUGGCCAGAAGCAGGUAUAGUAGCUGAAAUAGGAAGCAAAGCUCAAGUUCCUAUCAUAUCCUUUGCAGCACCUACCAUAAUGCCACCAUUGAUGAAAACUCGAUGGCCUUUUCUGGUGGGACAAGCAAACAAAGGUACAUCAUAUAUAAAAUGCAUUGCAGACAUAGUGCAGGCAUAUAGCUGGAAAAGAGUAGUAGUAAUCUACGAAGAUGACGGGUACGGGGGAGAUUAUGGGAUGCUAGCUCUGCUAGCUGAGGCCCUUCAGGAUGUGGAUUCAAUGAUUGAACACCGCUUAGUCCUUCCCCCAAUCUCUUCUAUACAUGAUCCAGGAGAGUUAGUUAGUGAAGAGAUGAUUAAGUUAAAACAAGCACAAUCUCGGGUGUUCAUAGUGCUGCAAUCAUCGUUAGAAAUGACAAUCCAUUUGUUCAAAGAAGCUUCAAAAGUUGGACUGGUGGGUAAAGAAUCAGUUUGGAUAAUCCCAGAGAGCGUAACAAAUUUGAUGGACUCUGUCGAUAAAUCUGCUAUUUCCUAUAUGGAAGGAGCUUUAGGAAUUAAAGCCUACUACUCAGAGAGAAGCAAGGAUUAUCAAGACUUUGAGGCUCAGUUCAGGAGAACUUUUUGGUUAAAGAAUCCAGAGGAAGAUAACCGAUACCCAGGAUUUUAUGCUCUACAAGCAUAUGAUAGCAUUAAUAUUGUAACUCAAGCAAUCGACAGAAUGACCAGUAGAAACAAUAGCAGCCCAAAGAGUUUGCUAAGAGAAAUACAGUCUAGCAAUUUCGUUGGUUUGAGUGGCCAUAUUCAACUUGAAGAUGAACAACUCAUGCAGAAGAAUCUUGUAUUAAGAAUUGUAAAUGUGGCUGGGAAGAGUUACAAGGAAUUAUGCUUUUGGACUCAACAACAUGGCUUCACAACAGUCCUCCAUACCGGACAAGGUGGAAACAAGGUUGCUGGAAAUACAGAAUGUUUCAGGGGUGUACGCUGGCCUGGGAAUUUGGACCGCGAUCCAAAGGGGUGGAACAUGCCUACCAAACAAUAUCCAUUGAAAAUUGCAGUCAGAAGCAGAACCUCGUUUUACAAGUUUGUCAAGGUUGAGUAUGGCCAUAAUGGAAAGGAUGAUAAAUAUAGUGGAUUUUGCAUUGACAUUUUCGAGCAAGUACAGAAACUUCUGGGGUACGAUCUUCCAUAUAAAUAUCAUGCCAUCAAUGGAACCUAUAACGAUUUGGUUCAGCUUGUCUAUAACAAGACUUUUGAUGCUGUUAUUGGAGACAUGACCAUAAUAGAGGAAAGAUUGAAGUAUGUGGAUUUUACAGUGCCAUAUGCAGAAUCAGGAUUGUCAAUGAUAGUUCCAAUGAAGUCUGGAGAAUCAGCAUGGAUGUUUAUGAAGCCAUUUACCUGGGAAUUGUGGCUGGUUACAGAUGCAAUCUUGAUUUACACAAUGUUAGUUGUUUGGUAUCUUGAGAGAGAACCCAACCCAGAGUUCCAUGGAAACUGGAAGCUCCAGCUCAGCACAGCCUUUUGGUUUACUUUUUCCUCUCUGUUCUUUGCUCAUAGAGAAAAAAUGCACAGCAACUUAACUCGAGUGGUGAUGUUCUCGUGGCUUUUUCUUGUAUUGGUUCUCACCUCAUGCUACACAGCUAGUCUUUCUUCAAUGCUCACAGUUAAGCAGUUGCGACCAAAAGUCACGGACAUUCAAUGGCUGAAGAACAACAACAAGAAAGUUGGUUGUGACGGCGACUCAUUUGUUAGGACGUUCCUAGAGAAAGUUGAAAAGUUCAAGCCAGAGAAUAUCAUAAACAUAACCAACGAGUACAAGUAUGAUGAAGCAUUCGCCAACAACAGCAUAGCAGCUGCUUUUCUUGAGCUCCCAUAUGAAAAAGUAUUCAUUAGCGAAUACUGCAAGAAAUACACCGGCUUCAUUCCUAGAAAUAGAUUUGGAGGAUUGGGCUUUAUGUUCCAGAAAGGCUCUCCACUGACCAGAGAUUUCUCUAAAGCUAUAUUACAUCUCUCAGAAAAGGCAGAAUUGAAGAGAUUGGAAGAACAGUGGUUAAUUACAUCACAAGAUUGCUCCAACGUGACGUCCUCCAGUGAUUCGGAUAGUUUGAAUCUUGGAAGCUUAUGGGCUCUAUAUGUCAUCUCUGGUGCCACUUCUACUAUUUGUGUACUAAUAUCAGCCAUCAAGUGUCUAAAAUCCAGGGAAUCACAUGAAGACGUUCCACCAGAAGGCAACGGAACACCAAGUGAUGAAAGGGUGUGGAAAGCGGUUAUUACAUUUGCAAAGCAGAUUCGUAGCAAAAAGCUUGACAAUUCAAACAAGGUACAGGAUGUAACUGACUCUUCUUCGAGAUCAGGUGAUGUGAGCAUCAGUGAUACACCUGAGCAUUCACAGGAAAUGGCUUCUCAACCAAAAGAAGUACUAGUACAUAUAACAACAGACGACAUAGGAACCAUGGAACCAUAUAUACCUCAAAAUAAUUGUCAUAUUAGACACGGUAAAAGCUCGUCUUAGACUGUUAGGAUGAAGAAUAAAAGAGAAUUGAAGCAAUUAGAAAUAAUUAAGGUAGUUAGUUAAUUAGAGUAGAGUCAUUUGGUUAAGUAUCGAAAAAUAGUAGAUUCAUUCAUAUUCAUAUCGUUCAAUAAGAUUGCUCUUUCCUUUUGUCUCUACCUAUCAGUUCAGUUGUCUAUUUCAGCUCUUUGAGCUUGUAACAAAUUUUCCACACACAUUUGAAUACACUGCAUUAUAUUCUA